AUGUGUGUGCCAUCGCUGACAGUGUCACCAAGCACCUUUCCAUGCACCGCGACGCUGGUCAAUGUCUCCAGACCACCAUAUGAUACCUUUGAGAGUCACGCUCGCUACAGCUCACCCCGGGACUUCACGCGGGCACUAUACAUUCCUCGUCAUGACUCAACAACUUCCCAUCUCCCUCUCUAUCUGCACUCGGCCAAAUUGAGUUAUAUGGAUAAGCCACGGGGUGACGACAUGAACGCGCGGGUGGAAUAUUUGGUCGAUGCCAGCAAAAAGGAAGAGGUUAUGGAGAUACAAGUUCAGCGCAGAAGCUUGAAUCAGAGCGACGACAUCAAAGCCAAUGCGUAG